AUGGCCUUCCACGAGGGGACGGUUCCCGAACUGCUUUGCGAGAGCACCCAAGCUUACUCCGACGCAUGCGUAGAGAAGGGUGUGCCUCAACCGAGCUGGAGGACCGAUUCAUUCUGUCCCAUGCAGUGCCCGGCGAUGUCUGAGUACACCCAGUGCGUCAGCCCGUGCCCCGCCACCUGUGCAGACCUGCAGGCGGCCGAGAAGUGCAGCCCUGCCGAGCCGUGUGCGGAAGGGUGCCGGUGUCUGGUCGGGUUCGUCCUGAGCGGGGACGUCUGUGUUCCAGCCGAUGCGUGCGGCUGUUUUACCGAAGGGCGAUACCACAGUUUGAACGAAGAGUGGUCGGAGGGUGAUCAGCUGUGCUGGUGCGGCCAGAGCCGGGACAUCAGAUGUGUGCAGAUGUCCAAUGCUCCUGAAGAGACCACCUUUGUUAACGGAACAAGUGAAGAAGCGCCACCUGCCGAUAAGCGGUGGAUCGUAUACUCAGACACUGAUAAAACUAUUCACAAAUCUAAAUAUUUUAUCUCAGACACCUUCCCGUACGUGGUGCAGCUGAACCAGCCGCUGUACGUGCAGGUCCAGGUCCUGACUCCCGACCAGGAUCUUCAGCUGUUCGCGGAAAACUGCAUGGCCACUCCGUCAGCCAACAUACUGGACCCCAUGUCUUACACAUUCAUCAGCGAUGGAUGCCCAGUAGACAGCACUUUUCUGUCACUCUUCUCAAGCAGCCAGAAACAGGAGCGCUUCAGUAUCAACUCCUUUGCUUUCGUCGAGGACUACCCUGAGGUGUACUUGCACUGCACAGUGAUGGUGUGUAACUCCACCGACCCGACCUCCCGGUGCGCUCAGGGUUGCCUGCCGCCUCCAGUCCGACACAGGAGGGCUGAUCUCGGUGCCGAGCCGCGGUACAACGUGUACAAGGGUCCCAUUCUGAACCCUGGGUACAAGCGACCAAGUGACAUGGACGUUGCAGAAGAAGUUGAGGAUAACCGUGGAGCCCGGGUUCCUCCCGGUGUCGUGACGUCACUGGUUAUUGCUGUUGGACUGCUGCUGUGUGCUGUCGUCACUUUGGUGGGCGUCAUCGCCUACAUGCGCAUGCGCACAGUCCGCAAGGAGCUCUACAUGGCUCUGCCGACUGAUGACCUGGAGUGAAUGACCUCGCCUCUUUUUGAGAUUUUACGCCCAUGUUUGGCUUU